GGGGGCCAGCGCUCAGGUCACACUUAGUACCUAGACCCGGUAUUCCCUGUCCAAAACCUCAAACCCCUUUCCCGGCCAAGGCCCCCUCCCAGUCGGUCCUUGAGGCUGACCUGGGACAGCCAGGGACCUGGACAGGCCUGGGCGGGGCUGCAGGCCGCACUCCAGCCGCCCGGCGUGCGUGGUGGUGGGCUCAUUCCCCGACUUUCCAGGCCCUGACGGGAGAGCCCUGGCAAAGCAGGAGGAUACGGUGCCAUCUAUUUUACACUUUGUGACUUUGACUUGUAGUUUUCAAAUAUUUGGACAUAUAAUGGGCGGGCUCGAUUGCUGCUCAACCCGGCCUGACAGCGUCCGGGGCUGCAGGAGACGUGGCGGGAGGCCAGCGCCUCACACCCAAGACAAGAAUCACCCGCGCCGCCCAGCCAGAACCCGCUUGCUCGGCAGUCGCGCACGCGCAGCUGGUCGCGAACAGCGCGCCCGGUGACUUCCCCGCCCGGAGCGGUCGCACGCCGUUCCACCUCCGCCCACCGGGGGGCGCAGCGGUGCCCUUGCUCGUCGCCAACGGCGCAUGCGCUCGCCCUGGUACGCUUUUACGUCUCCGCGGCUCUCCGAGCCCUUGCGGCGUCCUCCUCGGAUUGUGCUUCCGGCGUGAAGGUUACCGACAAGAUGGUGCCGCCGGUGCAGGUCUCUCCGCUCAUCAAGCUCGGCCGCUACUCCGCCCUGUUCCUCGGCGUGGCCUACGGAGCCAAGCGCUACAGCUACCUGAAACCCCGGGCGGAAGAGGAAAGGAGGAUAGCCGCUGAGGAGAAGAAGCAGCAGGAUGAACGGAAACGGAUUGAGAGAGAGCUGGCAGAAGCCCAAGAUGACAGCAUACUAAAAUGAGCCUGCCUCGCUGGAAGUGUGGAUGAAUAAAAUUUUCUUUCUUGUUA